CCCAGCGCAACGCGCCGUACUCUCCUUCUCCUCGACCAUGUUCUCCGUAGGAAGAAAGCUGCUGCUCUGCGCACUCAUCACCAUUCUCACGGUCUGCGUCAAGGUUAUCGCCCUCAAUGGCUUUCGCAAGGUCGCGCUCGGCAACGGUAUGAUUGGCGGCAACCCGUACAGUCUCAAGACCGAUGCUCAUCACAAGAGUCGUCUUCACGCGGACAAUCUUGCCAAUAAAAAGCUUUGCUCGUCUUAUACUAUGCUAGUGGCUCGUGGAACCCGUUCCUCACCAAAAACCGUGAGGCCUUUCGAGACCAUGCUCACCUGGAUACGUGAAUAUUUACCGGGCGGAGAGCUGUACCACGUGCAUUACCCCGCCGACGUCCAUCAAGAAUGGGGUCGAGGCUCGGACGAUAUCGUCGCUUUCAUCAGCAAAAGUACAUCGCCAUGCUUUUCCAUUCUCGGAUACAGCCAGGGCGCCGCCGCGGUUGUCGACGCCUUGCCAAAGCUUCCGCCAGCGGAUUUUAAGAGGGUCAAAGCUGUCGUCCUCUUUGGUAAUCCUCUGAAGUGGCCAGGCAAAGACUGCAUCAUCGACGAAAAGGGGCAAACUUCUACUCGCAACACAUUUGGACAGAAGGCUCACGGACGCAAAGACAAGUAUCAGCUGGUUUACGACAAAUGGGAGGGGAAAAUGCUCGACAUUUGCUACUUCAAUGAUGGUGUCUGCGGUGAUACGGACGGAAUUCACCCAAACACUCAUGCGCAAUACGAAGGCGAUAGCAAAGUGCAGAGCAUGGGCUCAACUUUCGUGAUCGAGCGGCUAUAAGGCCACAAACGCCAAAGAGACCAUUUCGUCACACAAAGGCGAAACGUGCACUCGGGCGAGGAAGCGCAAUUCUAGUGCGCUACAAUAGGCCAAUCCCCGAGACGAGGAGC